GUCAAGUUUGCACGUGUCAUAUAAUUAGGCACUCUCUUCAUUAUUUUGUUUAAUCGUGUUUAAUGAGCAUUACGGUAGUUGGAGAUCUGGAAAGAAAUGUUUUAUGCUUUGAGGUACUACGAUAGAGGAUGUCUGUGGCUGCACUCCGUCUGAUACGCUGCAGGAGGCUGAGCAGCACCUCUGGCCCUGGUGUGAAGAAGGUGCUGCCGUGGAGGGACAUCAGGAAAAUUGCAAAGAUGACCGGAGCUGUCAUAUUGGGGGGUUGCAUGUUUAUCACAUACGAGGUGGUUUCCUUGAACAAGGCGGUACGCAUUGACACGCAGGCCAUUCAGCAGGAAAAGCUCAAGUCCUACAUCUACCUGUCAGCCACGCCCUCUAAAGAGCAGGAGAACCUUGGCACAGGGCUCACAUAUAAGGCCAGGAGAGAACUUCAUAAAGCAGCAAGGAGGUUUCUGGAAGUUUCCUCAAGGAUUCUUCUGAGGCCUCUGGAUGAGCACCUGAGUCAUAUGGAUGCGGACCCCCAUGAGGUGGCGCUGUGGGUCCUGUUGAAGAGGGCUUGUUCAGCCAAUAGGACCAGCAGACUUUCAGCUGUACAGGAGCUGGCCCAGAACCACCACUGGCAUGACUACCAGUACCAGACAGCUGCGCAGGCUAUAGACCAGAGGACGGCAUUGGGUCUGGCCCGCACCUCUCAAGUGGACCAACGCUUCUUCCUGACCCCGCCUGUCCUGCCUUGGGUGGAAGAUAGGUUGUCUGUAGAAGACGGUCUGAGGCAGCUGCUGGCAUCUCUCCCCCAGUCUGAGGUGGACCAGUGUGUCCAGUACUUCACCUCACUUGCCCUGAGGGAGAGUACCCAGUCCCUGGCUGCACAGAGGGGGGGUCUGUGGUGUUUUGGUGGGAAUGGACUGCCCUAUGCCCAAAGCCUCACUUCUGUCCCCUCUGAGAAGGUUGAGUCCUUCUGUCUACAGGCUCUAGUGCAGCACUCCAAGGUCCAGAGUCACUGCGACCACAUCGUGGCCAACGGGGGCCUGCAGCUCCUUCAGAGGGUCUACCAGCUCCGCAGAGACUCCCCGAAGAUCCAGAGAAACAUUGUACGCAUCAUCGGCAACCUGGCUCUCAACGACAGCGUGCACCAAGCCAUAGUACAGUCAGGUUGGGUGCCAGUGCUAGCAGAGAUGAUGCAGUCUCCACACAUCAUACAGGCGUCCCAUGCUGCUCGGGCUCUGGCCAACCUGGACAGGGAGACGGUCAAGGAGAAGUACCAGGAUGGAGUCUACGUGUUACAUCCCCAGUGCCGAACCAGCCAGCCAAUCAAAGCGGAUGUUCUCUUUGUACACGGGCUCCUGGGGGCGGCCUUUAAGACGUGGCGACAGAAGGACUGUGACCCUACAGAGGAGGAGAAGGCAGCGGGUGUCAGCGAGGACUACACAGAGUGCUGGCCCAAGUCGUGGUUGGCUGCAGACUGCCCCAACCUGAGGGUUCUAUCUGUGGAGUAUGACACUCACCUAAGUGACUGGAGAGCCAAGUGUCCUGUUGAAAACCAGAGGAUGUCUCUGGCCUAUAGGAGUCGAGAGCUGCUGAAGAAGCUAAAGUCUGCAGGAGUAGGAGACAGGCCUGUGGUCUGGGUUUCACAUAGCAUGGGAGGUUUGCUGGUGAAGAAGAUGCUGCUGGAUGCGUCGAGGGACCCAGACAUGAAAGAACUGAUGAAGAACACCAAGGGUGUCAUGUUCUACAGUGUGCCCCACCAUGGCACCUUCAUGGCAGAGUACUCUGUCAACGUCAGAUACCUCCUCUUCCCCUCCGUAGAGGUCCGGGAGCUCUGCAGAGACUCUCCAGCGCUGCGUGACCUGAAUGUCAACUUCCUGAACAUGGCCAAGGACAGGGAGUUCAAUGUGCUGAGCUUUGCAGAGACGAUGCCCACCACCAUCGGCCCCAUGAUCAAGAUACUGGUGGUUCCAACGCAGUCAGCAGAUCUGGGCAUUGGGGACCUGGUCCAGGUGGAUGUGGAUCACCUCAAUAUCUGCAAGCCUGAGAAGAAAGACUCGUUCCUCUACAAGCGCAGCCUACAGUUCAUCCAGGAUGCACUGAAGGGCUACACCAGCCACUGACAUGUCAACAGCCGUUUUGAUGCUUGAAUUGGAAGACUAAAGAGUACUGGCGCACAGAACUGUCUCUCUUUGUUGCACAUUUAAAGAAAUGUGUUUACAAAAAAAUAUACAUUUUAUGUAUGUAUGAAGGAUUUAUGAAAACAUAUUAAUUGGGUUUAUAAUAGAAAAUGGUGCUCCACUUGUUCUCCAGCUAGAUAUCACCUAGCACUUAUGAAGCAGAUGAGUUUUAUUUAAAGGAUUUAAAAAAUGAUCUCGACCAUGUUUACAGGUAGUUUAAAGCUGUAAAAAAGACAGUAUAUUGACUUUUCUAGUUCUUCUUCCCCUUUGUCCUUGAUCCUGGUCAAGUAGACAUUUUAACAUUUCAUGUGUACUGCACUUACUGUACUUUAACCAAAAGACACUGUACUACCCUGCAACUCAUUCAUUUAUUACACAGUAUGAAUUCGGGGCUUGAGUGGGUGUGCUUAAGGUCGACUUAUUUUAUUUCAUUUUAGUUAACUUAAGAGCUGUAAGUGUAUAUAUAUAUAUAUUAAAACUUAAAGCAUUGCCUUGUUACUGUAUGUACCAUACUGUAUUAUUUCCUCAAGCCUUACCUCAAGAUACACAUGAAAUAUUUUUAAGACUGGUUGAUAUGUGUAUUUUGUUGAACUGGAACCUGGCCACGUGAUGCUCACUAACUCCAUUGUAUUGCUAAUUAAGACUUAACUUGUAUUUAUCAAUGUAACAAGAAGUCAUGCAUAUGGCUCAUUUACAUUUGAACUUUUGUUUUACUUGAAAUGUAGUGUCAACAAAUCCUGAGCAUUGACAGACAUGUCCAUGUCAAAUCAACUAAAUGUGCAAAAUAAAAAGCAGUAAUGGUAAGAAAA